GAGAAAGAGAAAGAGGUGAGAGAGAGGAAAGAAAGUAGUGUUAAAUUGCAGCAGAUGAAAGGUGUUAGCAGUGGGCAUGGCGGCGUCACAGAGCUAUACAUUUAAUGCAGCAAAGGUGAAUCGACGACAAAGAAUCCAAGUGAAGUGAAAGAGGAGAGAGGGGAUAUGCUAAAAAAUUUCGUCGUAUAAAGCUGCAAAGCAAAGAAAACACGGGCCCGGCCGGCAGUAAUUAGUCAGUAGAAAAAUUAGGAUAGGUAUAGGGUGUUGUUUAAUUUUGGCAAUGGAUUUGCAGCCAAAAUUGAGGUUAGAUAUAGGUUGUAGGAGUAGAAUAAUAAUAUGUCUUGGUUUUCCAGUAAUUUGUUGGAGUUGAAGGAGAUGUACAAGAAUAAGGGUUUGCGAUGUGGAUUUUUCUCUGUGUAUGGGUCCCCCUAGUAGUAGUAGCAACUUUGUAGGUAAUUAUUUAUUGUUGAUUAAUUAGGGUUUAGGGUGAUAAUGAUGAGGGGAGGUGGUAGAGAUAGAGAUGAAUUAGGUGGAGGGAAUAUGAUCAAUAAUUGUCAAGAUUGUGGAAAUCAAGCUAAGAAAGAUUGUUCACAUUCGAGAUGUCGAACUUGUUGUAGAGGUAGAGGUUUACAGUGUCACACACACGUUAAAAGUACUUGGGUUCCGGCGGCUACAAGGCGUGAACAACAAUUUACUAGUCAGUCUAAAAGGCCAAGAGAUCACAAUAUGGCUGCACCUCGUUUACCCUCAGAAGUGAGUUGUCCAGCAGUAUUCCGGUGCGUGAAAGUGAUCAGUGCAGUAGAUGAUAAUGCACAAGAACAAUAUGCAUAUCAAACAUCAGUGAGUAUUGGAGGACACAUUUUCAAAGGAAUGCUUUAUGACCAAGGUCCAGCUGGAGGAGAGACUUCUUCUUCUUCUGCACACCUCCACCAACAGGUUUCCAUUAAUGCUAUGUUUGAUCCAUAUCCACCUAAUCUUUCCCCUUUCAUGCCCCAAUUCUUUCCACCCCCAAGACCUUAAUUAAUUAACUAACUCUUCAUUUUGUAGAGAGAAACAAAAUUGAUUGUGUUAUUUCAA